AUGCCUAACAACGUAAUAUAUCUUGCACUGUACCAAUUCAUCAAUAACCUUUAUGCGAACUCUUUAUUAGCUACUCUUAAUGCGCGAGAAUCGCUUAGAGAAGUCCCGACAUCAUCAACUAACAUUCUUUCGCAGGGUGUUGCUUUGUCGGAUUUCUGA